CAAUUUCCUUUCCGGCCUCCCCGGCCGAUGCCGCUCCACUGAGGUGCCUCCAUAACAAACCCCCUUCUCCACCGUCCCGCCUGCCUUUUGCAUCCGCCCUCAUCCGCUCAUCCACCGCCCGACAAGACCGAGUCAAAAAUGGCAAUCGCUCUCCCAAGGCUCCGGGCACUUCUGCCGAGCCGUGCCAACGCGGCGAUAAUGCUGCUCGUCGCGACCCUCGCGAUUCUUGCCGAGGUCGCGUGGGCAAGCAGCAAAGCCGACCCUGACCUUCCCACGGUCACAAACCUAUCCCUCGCCGAGCUGGAUGAACAGCUGCAGCAAUGUCCGCUCGUAGCAGGCCUGUCGGCACAGAAAACCCAGGCGCACCUCUCCUCCCCAUCCUCGCUGACGGCGCGGCUUUUUUCCCUCCUUUUCCCCUCCGCCAACCCGGCCAUCAACGCGCUGCUCGCGACGCUGUACAUCUCGGGCCCGCCCAACUUUCUGCUUGCGCUCUGCCCGACUAACAUUGACCCGGCUUCGCUGUCUAUCAUGGUCGCGUUCGCCGUGGGCGGCCUGCUCGGCGACACCCUCUUUCACCUGCUUCCCGAGAUCUUCCUUGGCGAGGAUGACCCAGAGCGCGCCAGAUUUGUGCUCGUCGAGCCUAACAGGAACCUGUUGCUUGGUGUGGCCAUUCUGGUUGGGUUUCUUGUCUUUGUGGCCAUGGAUAAGGGCCUGCGGAUCGCCACUGGUGGUGGCGGAGGGCAUGAUCACGGGCAUGGGCAUAGUCAUGGGCAAGCAAUCCAAAUGCGGGGAGAGGCGGCGGCUGCGACUGGGGUGGAUGCUGCGCAGGGAGACGGGUCGGUAAAGCAGAGGAAAGGAGCGAAGGGGAACGGAGCGGUGGAGGUGGUUGAGGUCAGGGAGAAGGAGGCCAACACGUCGGUCAAGCUGGGUGGAGUGUUGAAUAUGAUCGCUGAUUUCACGCACAACAUCACCGACGGGCUCGCCAUGUCGGCGUCUUUCUACGCGUCUCCUACCAUCGGCGCUACGACUACCGUUGCCGUGUUCUUCCACGAGAUCCCGCAUGAAGUGGGGGAUUUUGCGCUGCUCGUCCAGUCGGGCUUUUCGAAACGGCAGGCCAUGGGCGCUCAAUUUGUCACGGCUAUCGGCGCGCUCAUCGGCACUCUCAUUGGCAUUGCGGUCCAGGAAUUUGGCGGCGGCGGCGGAAAUGACGGCCCUGCCAUGGGCAUGCGCGACGGGCUCUGGGGCACCAGCUUGACUUGGGGUGACAUGCUGCUGCCUUUUACCGCCGGCACCUUUCUAUACGUCGGCACCGUCGCGGUCAUCCCUGAGCUGCUCGAGACGGGCCCCAACAAGGGCGCUGAGGUGCGCAAGACGCUGGUGCAAUUCGCUGCGAUAGCGUUUGGGGCGGGCAUCAUGUUGUUUAUCUCAUGGCACGACUAGAGCCGGCAGUUACACGCAUUGUCCUCGUACUUUGCCGGUCAGCUCAAUAUAGAAAGGCAGGACAGCUCGUAUCCGUGACUGUUUGAUGAAUGCAUCGCGAGUCUGCACCAGCACAGCCCUGAAUGGCUAGGCGGGAAGUAGUCAAACGCAUUCGCAGUCGGACAGGCCGAGUUGCAGUCUACCUACUGUGAGCUAUGGUAACGUCAAUAAUCUGCGUACAUACAAGACGCAAGUCGAAUACCGACAUGAAGGUGUGUUUCAUCUGCGCUAGCUCCAAUUCCAACUUGACACUUCACAUUGGCUUAGUAAUGCCCAAAUGACAAAGCAGAAAUGACAAAGCAAGCAAUCGAAGACUUUGACGUUAGCUUGGCAUUGGAUGACGAGCACUGGAAUUGCUUGACGAUUGGGGUUAGGGGUGCUUUUCAGCUUGGGCCAUUUUAACCUUAGUCUCCAAAUGUCAAUUUGUCA